UGUUAACCUUGAGAAUUUGGAAUAAAAUACUCAUUAUAUAACACUUGAUUCUAUGCUCUUAUGUUUACCAUUCACAGAUGUGGACUGGGUUGUCGGCUCCAGCUGCAUUAUCAUUGCCUAUACUGCAGUUUAACAUUGAUAUGCAAACCAGAUUUUAUUAAGCAUCUUGUUUGUGCAAGAAGCAGAACAGUGCCAACCGUCCAGCUCGGGCGACCGCGCCCCUGGCUUCAGCAUCUUCCACCACCACCCUGGCACCAACAUCCUCCAAUACACCUACACAAUCCUUCACUGCACCAGCCACCCCAAGUGGACAAAUGAAAAGGGUCGGUGUGAAGCCACUGCUCCAAAAAAAAUGUCCCAUAUGUCAGGUCAUGAUGUACAAAAGAGGGUUAGGGUUAGGGUUAGGUCUGUUGCUAAUUUUACAAAAGACACACUGAAAGAAAGCACACCAGCAAACAUAAAGACAUAACCACUACUUCCCUCCUCGACAGUGAAUGCAUCAAUCCGGGAAUUGGGAUCUUUACUGUGCACAAGUCAUUUCUUGGACCCAAUAAUCCUCUUCUUAUUCAAAAUAAGGUAUGGGGGGAAUCAACAUUAUUUUGGCAUUUGGGUGGAAUGAACCUGCAACAUUAUAGUUGGAUAUGUUGAUUUUAUUGGCAUAAUAUCAUGAUUCAGAAUUGCUUUGGCAUUUGGGUGGAAUAAACCUUUAAAAAUGAGUCAUUUUAGCAUUUGGGUGGAGUAAACCUUUAAUACCAUAGUUGGACAGGAAGUAUUGCUGUCAGCUGUCGCGGAGCGGUCCUGAGUCUGCUGCCUCCGGGUCUGCAGAGUUUUAGAGCAGGGCUGUGAAACCCUGCUGUGCUCAGUCCCUCGGGGCUUUUUUUCGACCAAAGCAUGUUACUAACAUUCCAUUUAUACACCAAGGAACCAUGUCAAGAAGCAGAAAUUAGCAUAAUUUGUCACCUUUACCAUUGAUGGAGGGGCCCUUAGGUGGCGGUAAUGCGCGUUAUACGCUUGUUCCCUACCAUCAUUACAAGCCAAGAAGAAAAAAAGGAGGAAGACAACAAACUUGACCGGUCAGCGGAGCUCUGCAACCGGGAGACGGUGCAUUUUUCUCCCCACGGUCACGGUCACUCUCAGCCCCCGCACCAGUGAAGGGCUUGAUAAACGUCAAUAACCAUGUCCAGAAGACGCUGCAUAUUUCGAUGCAAAACCAAAUUCCCCUUGAAUGGGCUCCCAAAGGAUGAAGAAGUUAAGAGUCAGUGGUUGCAGUUCAUAUUUAAGUCCAACACUAUUCCUCAGCAGUACAGCCCCAAGCUUGUACUGUGCUCCCAUCAUUUUACCGAGGACUGCUUCGAAAACCACGCACAGUUCAAAGCUGGGUACAGUAAACGGCUGAUCCUGAGAGAAGGAGCCGUUCCCACCGUGCUGGGCAGCGUCAAAUCUGCAGAGUCAGGACCACAACCCGUCACUGCCGGCAGCAGUUCUAAAAUCUUUCCUGCUGUCAGACAUGUUGCCUGCCAGACUGACCUACCAGAGAGAUUAUCUGUCGGCACACAGGUCUACAUGAAAACUUACUUCAGAAGUAAAGGUACCCAGGCGAGAGUGGCCAGCAGAGACUGCGGCAUGUGCACCCUCACCUUGCCCUUGGACAGUCCAUUAUUGUUCCUACAACCAACAAUCAUAAAGAGACCAUCCAAGAGACCUCAACUCAGCCUUACAGACAAGGAGGAAGGCCCCUCACAAUGCAAGUUGUCCAUGCUGGCUCAUCAACCAGAGAAUUCAACAUGAUUCUGAGGACUCUGUCACUGUCAUGGGUUAUCAGCAGUGUCUUAUUGUAACCUCUUCAAAGAGAGGUGUUGCAAAUUACCACAAACUUAACAGUAAUUGCCCUUUUAAAAGGGGAAGCUGUGUAUGGUCUUACUGGCUGAGGUUCAACAGUUUUCAGUUCCUCUUCUACAAGUUAGUCUACAACGUUGUCUCUCUGGAUGGGAUGUAAUACACUUAGUAUACUUAAUACACAAUACAGUUAGACUGAAACUGUUUGGAUCUGUUAAUCUCAUCCAAAACAUUAAAAGCUGGAAACAGAAAGAUAUCCAUUUUCAUCAUCAAAAAAUAAUCAAAAUGAUGGCAUCAGCUUUGGCUUGGUGAAGUUUCUCGCCAUUACUGCAAAACACUGGGUGUUAAUUCAACUAAUCAACUAGUGGAAAAAGGUAAAGAAGCCAGAGUAGACUAGAAACUAGACUAGACUAGAAACCCACGCAGACCACGAGAGAACUCAAGCAGAGAGGUCCAAACCAGCCAGCUGGAUGGAAUCCAGAAACUUCUAGCUGUGAGGCAACAGCACUAACAUCUGCAUCACCAUUACUGCUCUUGGUUCAGUAGAUGUGUUGUAAUAAAGUUGUAUUAUAAUGAUUA